ACACGGGAGGCUGGUCGGUUUGGGUCGUGUGCCGUUUUGCCUGGAUCGGUGGAGUCCUAAAAAGAAAAGAAAAAAAAAAAGAAAUAAGACUCAAAUAGUUCCGACAAACUGCUCCAACAAACAAACCCCUUUUGGAGACGCGAGAAGAGGAGAAGAAGCCGCAUUUCAAGAUCCGUUUUUCUUUUAUAUAAUCCAUCGGUUAGACCUCCAAGACUCACGUAGCUACUGCUCGUCCGGGCGGUGUUGUUACCGCUUCGCUCGCCGCGCGUCCUGCGCCGCCGCCGCCGCCUGCUCGGACUCGGGACGAACGAAAAAGUCGCUCGGAUCCUCCGGCGGUGGAGCGUCAGCGAACAAAAGAGGCUGUCCGCAGCGCGACGCGCUCGGCGGAAGGGACGACGGAAGAUACCGCGUUAAUUCUACAGGUUGAGCGACUCCGGACGUCGCUGAAGUCGACUCUCUUUUUCCUCCCCCUCCCCCGAGGCACCCAAGCGUCGCUUUUUAUCAGCUUCUGGGGGUUUUCCUCUCUGUUCUCGCUGGACAAUCGUCAAUUCUCACUCAGUGACUGAAGUUGCCGCAUUGCAACAGGCGACGGAGCGAAGUGGAGGAGAAAAGAUAACCCAGCCGUCCAGUUUGUAUCUUUAGGUGAAAGAAGAACAAGAAGAAGACGAAGAAAGGAAACCAAACCAUUAGAGGAUAAAAUUGUUUGAGACGAGAUGUCGAGACGAAAACAGGCCAAACCGCGCUCCGUUAAAGCGGUAGAAGAAGGGGAGUCUUCAGAGUGCAGGGGGACCUGGGAUGAAUCGACUGUCCAGACAGAAGUCUCUGCAGGUGACAGAGAGACAGAGCCAAAAGAACGGCGGGGCCUUGAGGACGGUGACCACGACGACCACGACGAUCGAGAUGACCGCGACCAUGACGACGAGCUCGACGACGAGUCCAUCUUCACUUGUGACAACUGUCAGCAAGACUUUGACUGUCUGGCUGAGCUGACUGAACACAGAACCAACCACUGCCCUGCAGAUGGUGAUGAUGAUCCUGCAGGUUUGUCCUGGGUACCCUCCUCCCCCUCCAGCAAAGACGUGGCAUCACCAUCUCAAAUGCCUGAUGGUUGCUGUGACCUUGGCAUGGGCACUGGGGGUGAGGAAGAAGGAGGUGCAGGCCUGCCUUACCCAUGCCAGUUCUGUGACAAGUCCUUUAGUCGUCUGAGCUAUCUGAAGCGCCACGAGCAGAUCCACAGUGACAAACUGCCUUUCAAGUGUACCUUCUGCAGCAGACUGUUCAAACACAAGAGGAGCAGAGACCGCCAUGUCAAACUCCACACAGGUGAUAAGAAGUACAGUUGUCAGGAGUGUGAGGCUGCCUUCUCCCGCUCAGAUCAUUUGAAGAUUCAUCUCAAGACACACAGCUCCAGCAAACCAUUUAAGUGCAGUGUGUGUAAACGUGGCUUCUCCUCAACCUCAUCUCUGCAGAGCCACAUGCAGGCUCACCGCAAGAACAGGGAGCACCUAGCCCUGAGGUCUGAGAGGGAUGGAGGGAAAAAGGGAGGAGGAGAGGGCGAGCUGGAGCAGGACUUGUAUAUGUGUGAUUACUGCGAAGAGACAUUUAGUCAGACAGAUGAGCUGGAGAAACACGUCCUGACCAGACACCCCCAGCUGUCUGACCGAGCCGACCUGCAGUGUAUCCACUGUCCUGAGAUCUUCCUAGACGAAGCCUCACUGCUCACGCAUAUCGAAACGCAGCAUGCCAACCGCAAACACAAAUGCCCCGUUUGUUCAGAGCAGUUCCCCUCUGUGGAAGACGUCUACUGCCACCUGGACAGCCACCGUCAGCCUGAUUCUUCCAACCACAGUGCUGCCAGCCCCGACCCGGCCCUGGGCAGUGUGGCGUCUAUGAGCUCAGCCACUCCAGACUCCAGCGCCAGCCUGGAGAGAGGCUCCACACCUGACUCUACCCUGAAACCCAGUCAGGGUAGUGAGCGAGGACGUAGGAAAGCUAAUGAUGCUGGAGAAGAGUUGGGUCUAAGCCUAGGUCAUCAUGGUGGAGGUGGAGGGGGGUGGGGCAAAGUGACCUACUCUUGUCCCUAUUGCUCUAAGAGGGACUUCCAUAGCCUGGCUGUGUUGGAGAUCCACCUGAAGACCAUCCAUGCAGACAAGCCCCAGCAGAGCCACACCUGUCAGCUCUGCUUGGACACCCUGCCUACGCUCUACAACCUUAACGAGCAUGUGCGCAAAGCCCACCGGGCCAGUGUCGGCGCUGUAGGAGCAGCUGCUGCUUUCCCCCUGCUGCAGUUCACCAAUGUGUCGGCGUUCCACUGUAACUACUGCCCGGAUAUGUUUGGAGACAUCAACUCUUUGCAGGAACACAUCAGAGUGUCUCACUGCCUCCCUGGAGGGAUUGUGGCUGGAUCUACCACAUUAGAAGGGAACCAUGCAUUCUUCUGCAAUCAGUGCUCUAUGGGCUUCCUGACAGAGUCUUCAUUGACAGAGCACAUCCAGCAGACCCACUGUAGCUCUGUUGCAGGGGGGGGAGCUGCAUCUGGAGGAACUGUGGCCAAACUAGAGUCCCCUGUGCUGCAGGCUGCAUCCCAGUCCUUCAUGGAGGUUUACUCCUGUCCUUACUGCACCAACUCUCCCAUCUUCGGCUCACUCCUCAAGCUCACUAAGCAUAUCAAGGAGAACCACAAGAACAUUCCGUUGGCCAACAACAAGCGCCAGGCCAAGGUCGCUGACCUAAGCCCCGCCUCCUCUGAUGUAGAGAUCUCCUCCCCGAAGCGCCACAGGUUGGGAGGGGACUCCACUCCUGCUGCUGGGUCCAACGGGGAUUACCCAUGCAACCAGUGUGACCUGCGCUUCACAAGCUUCGAGGGUUUCCAAACCCAUCUCAAGUCCCACCUAGAGAUGCUACUAAGGCGCCAAUCCUGCCCCCAAUGCAACAAGGAGGACUUUGAAACUCAGGAGGCAUUGCUGCAACAUCUGACGGUGCACUACACCACCACGUCCACCCAGUAUGUGUGCGAGAGUUGUGAUAAACAGUUCUCCUCGGUAGAUGACCUGCAGAAACACCUGCUGGACAUGCACACCUUUGUCCUGUACCACUGUACUCUCUGUCAGGAGGUGUUUGACUCCAAGGUGUCCAUACAGGUGCACCUGGCGGUGAAGCACAGCAACGAGAAGAAGAUGUUUCGCUGCACAGCCUGUACCUGGGACUUCAGGAAGGAGACAGACCUCCAGCUCCACGUUAAACACAACCACCUGGGCCAAAGCUCAGCUCUGGCCGGGGGGCUCGGCACAGGGCUUAAACCACGGAAGUGCAUCUUCUGUGGGGAGACGUUUGGGACAGAGGUGGAGCUCCAGUGCCACAUCACCACACACAGCAAGAAGUUCAACUGCCGGUUCUGCGGAAAAGCCUUCCACGCCAUCACGCUCCUGGAGAGGCACCUAAGGGAGAAACACUGUGUCUUCGAUGGCGGGAUCAUCACCGGUAACGGGGGAGGUGCAGGCAGUGGAGGGAGCCAUAAUGGGACGCCCAAUGGGGUCCCGCAUUCCUCCAAGCGGGGAGGGGGCGGAGGAGCUGGGGGAAAUGGAGGUACUGGAGGAGGCCUGGGUGGAGUGGAGAGGUCGACGGUGGUAGCUGCCGAACAGGCUGACCUCCAGAAUAUCCUGCUGAAGAGUGGGGUUGUGGGAGGAGGAGGAGGCCAAGGUGGAGACACAGUCAACAGCCACGAGGCGAGCGGCGGGGAGGAGGAAGUGGACAACUCGGAGCCCAUGUACGCUUGCGACAUAUGUGGAGCGGCUUACACCAUGGAGUCACUGCUGCAGAAUCACCGCCUACGAGACCACAACAUCCGACCGGGAGAGGAUGAUGCAGGUUCUCGUAAGAAGAAGGCCGACUUUAUCAAAGGGAACCACAAGUGCAACGUGUGCUCCAGAACCUUCUUCUCUGAGAACGGCCUUCGUGAGCACGCCCAGACGCACCGUGGGCCGGCCAAACACUACAUGUGCCCCAUCUGUGGCGAGCGUUUCCCCUCUCUGCUAACGCUCACUGAACACAAGGUAACCCACAGUAAGAGCCUUGACACAGGGACCUGUCGGAUCUGCAAGAUGCCCCUGCAGAGCGAGGAGGAGUUUAUCGAACACUGCCAGAUGCACCCAGACCUCCGCAACUCCCUCACCGGCUUCCGCUGUGUCGUCUGCAUGCAGACCGUCACCUCCACACUGGAGCUGAAGAUCCACGGCACCUUCCACAUGCAGAAGCUCUCCACCAGCUCCACGCUAGCAGGAGUUGGAGGGGGAGGUGGGAAUGGCGGAACUGGAGGAGGAGGAGGAGGCGGGAACAGAUCGGCCUCCACAUCUCCCAACGGGCAGCUGCAGCAAUACAAGCACUAUAAAUGUGCCUUGUGUCUCAAGGAGUUCAAGAACAAAGGGGAACUGGUGAAGCUGGAUGUCAACGGCCUGCCAUAUGGCCUCUGUGCUGGCUGCAUGAGCAGGGGCACCAAUGGCCAAAGCCCCAGCCAGGGAGGUGCUGCCACGCCGGGGGAAGUCCAGGCAGAGAAGGCUGCAGCUGGACUUCGGUGUCCGGAGUGUGGGGUGAAAUUUGAGAGCCUGGAGGACUUAGAGAGCCAUGUCCAGACAGACCAUCCCGAGAUCAGUCCUGAAACCAGCAUGGCGGGGAAGAAGGCUGAGGCAUCACCUGCACCCAAGAAAAAAACCUACCAGUGUAUUAAAUGCCAAAUGACGUUCGAGACAGAGAGAGAGAUCCAGAUCCAUGUCGCUAAUCACAUGAUUGAGGAGGGCAUCAAUCAUGAGUGCAAGCUGUGUAACCAGAUGUUUGAUUCACCUGCCAAGCUGCUCUGCCACCUCAUAGAGCACAGCUUCGAGGGCAUGGGAGGUACCUUCAAGUGUCCCGUCUGCUUCACAGUGUUUGUGCAGGCUAACAAGCUCCAGCAGCACAUUUUUGCCGUCCAUGGCCAGGAGGAUAAGAUCUACGAUUGUUCCCAGUGUCCCCAAAAGUUCUUUUUUCAGACUGAACUACAGAACCACACACUGAGUCAGCACGCGCAGUGAGACCGAGACUCGGCAGGAUCUCUCGGCUCAGCCUGGGCCCCCGACCCAGAGCCAGCGGGGGACCCCCAUCUCGACAUCACAGCCAAUCAAAGUGUCAUUUGCUACUCACAUGUAAAACUCUAACGAUCGCGCCACCAGGCGCGACUAUUAGGAGCAGCAGGGGAAAGGAAUAUUAAUGGGAUAUGCUAUUUAAAAAAAAUAAAAGAGUGGGAAAAGGGGUGAAUAAAUGGUAAGAGAGAAAUAGAGGAAGGAAAAGAGAAUGCGAAGAAAAAAAGGUGUCGUAACGUGCAGUAUUUUUAUUGUCCCUGCCAAGCCUCCCCCACCUCCUCCCCCCUCUUCUCCCUCCUCCCCACCACCAAUCCCCAGCUGAUGAGUUGUUUUGGGGGAGGGGGAAGGGGGAUGUUUUCUUUUUUAAAUCAAAGAAAAAUUUUAAAAAAAUGGCAAGGAAAAAAAAGAAAAAUAGAAAACCCUCUUUGUUUGAGAAUGAUUUUUGUUAGACUGUAGGAUGACUCUUCACUCCCUUCAUGCCCUCGGUUGCUUCAUUGUAUUCAACUUCAUAGGUGCCAAUAUUUUCUGCCAUAUGCUCUUAUUUUGUCUCUACUUUUCAGUUUUGAACCUUUAAUUUCUCGCUGUAAGUAGGUACUUGUGCCGUGCCGUGAUUGUUUGUUUGCCGGUCGUAAUACCCCCCCCCCAACUCUUCUUUUUAUGAUUAUUAUAUAUAUAUUUUUUCCUUUUUUGUAAUUACUAUGGGAAAAAAACAUCAAACAAAAUAAAGUGCAGAAAAAGUACAGAUUUUGUUUUUGGAUUGGGUUUUCCAAUCUUUAUGGGGCCUAUAAUGGUUAUUGUAAAAAAUGAAUAUCAUCGAUUUCAGUGCGUCUGGUCAAUGACUGCUUUUUAAAUGUGAAUUAACCAGAUUGCAGUAAUCUAGUGCAGACAAAAAAAGAUAAAACAAAUAAAUAAAUCACAAAU